UUGACAGACAUUACAUCACUAGUUUAUCACCAAAGGUCAGCUGGGUCAGGUGGAAGAUUUGGCCGAAUAUUAUAAUUUUUGUUAUAAUUCGGGAUCUUCUAUUGUAAAUUAAAUCACAAAAAUGUUCUCCCGUACCUUGAAGCCCGUCGCCGCUGUAGCUGCCCAGAAUGGCGCCAAGAACUUCUCUACAUCCUCACAGAGGAAUUUCAAAGUUGUGGUGGCUGGUGCCUCCGGCGGUAUCGGCCAGCCCCUGGCUCUGCUGCUGAAGCAGAACCCGCUGGUGACGAAGCUGGCGCUGUACGACAUCGCGCCGGUCACCCCCGGCGUCGCCGUGGACCUGUCCCACAUGGACACUCCGGCCAAGGUCAGCGGUCACAAGGGACCUGAAGAACUCGGCAACGCCAUCAAAGGAGCCGAUGUGGUUGUGAUCCCAGCCGGUGUGCCCCGCAAGCCCGGUAUGACCCGUGACGACCUGUUCAACACCAACGCCUCCAUCGUCCGUGACCUGGCCCUCAGCAUCGCCCAGAAUGCCCCCAAGGCUAUUGUGGCCAUCAUCACCAACCCUGUCAACUCUAUGGUGCCUAUUGCCUCUGAAGUCUUGAAGAAGGCCGGAGUAUACGACCCGAAGCGCGUGCUCGGCGUCACCACCCUCGACGUGGUCCGCGCAGCAGCAUUCAUCGGAGAGAUCAACGGCGUGGACCCCCGCUCCGUGACCAUCCCAGUCAUCGGGGGCCACAGCGGAGUCACCAUCAUCCCCGUGCUGAGCCAGAGCCAGCCCGGAGUCAAGCUCAGCGACCAGGGCAAGAUCAAGGCGCUCACUGAGAGGAUUCAGGAGGCCGGUACUGAGGUGGUGAAGGCGAAGGCCGGCGGGGGCUCCGCCACGCUGUCCAUGGCGUACGCAGGCGCGCGGCUCGCCAACUCCGUGCUCAGGGGGCUCAAGGGCGAAUCAAACGUAGUAGAAUGCGCGUACAUCAAAUCCGACGUGACUGAAGCGCCUUACUUCGCGAACCCCGUGGUCCUUGGCAAGAAUGGAGUGGAGAAGAACCUUGGAUACGGCAAGCUGAACGAAUUCGAGCAGCAGUUACUCAAAGCUGCCAUCCCCGAGCUGCUGAAGAACAUCAAGGUUGGAGAGGACUUCGCUAAGAAGUAAAAAAGUAAAGUUUAGUGCUGCUGGGUUGAGUGGAAUGUCAUAUUGUGCGGAGAAACUAGUAAUAUCAGGGGAUUAAAAAGGAUUGGCCAUUCAACAACAUUACAAUUUGACAUUUGCGCGUAUAAAAGUACGUGCGCAAUGCAAACAAAUGUCGAAUAGCAAAGGGAUUGAAACAAUUCACCUAAAAAUCAAUAUUGCAAUUUGACUUCUGUUGCCAAUAUUGAUUUUUACAUGAACUUCUAUGUGGCCUUAGACCUUUUAGGUGAAUUGCUUAAAUGUGACCCCUAAGUACUCCGUCUGCGAAAGCCAAGCUAACGUAUUUAAUCGCAGUAUUGUAAAAAGCUUACCUUAGGUAUAGAAAGUGUACUUAUGCUUUUUGAUAAAGCUGUUUUGUCCUAUUCAGCUUUAUUAGUGUCGCAAUAGGUCGAAACAGCAUAACUAUGGUUUUCUCUGUCUCCUAGGUUUCUCUGUACAUUAUUGCAAUUCAGCAAUAACUUUGCACAAACAUUUUUAUAAACUUAUUAAUAGUUGAAAGGUGACAACGUAAUAUGCCAGUAAUUCUUCUCUAGUUUUUUUUUAUAGAAAAUAUUUGUUGAUAUUUUUUAUGAUGUAAUAGCUCGACCCGGCUAAAUGUAUGGUAGGAAAUGUAUGUCUAAGAGUAAAGUAAUUAAGAGUAAUUCAUACCCUUAUCAAAUCAUGUAAUAUAUUUUUAUUUAUUUCUAUAUAUUUUUUUGCAUUUUAUUUGGAUUACAUCUAUAUAUUCCUUACCACAGUAUAUAGUAUAAGCCACUGUAGCCAAAGUUACCGUGAUUUAAUACGUGAUAAGUUUGUUUGUAAAUACAACGUUUUGUUUGAGCAUGAUUCCUGGAUGUUGGUAAUAAACAUUUUACAAAUUA